GUUGAUCGCCAUUUGACAUCUCGCACUAGAGUCUCGCUACAUUUGCUCGUUACGCCCCUGCAUUGGGUUUUUUCUGUUAGUGUGCUGCUGUCGUUUGUAACCUCUACCAUGUGCAGGAGCCGAGUGCUUCCGAGUGGCCGACCGACACAUUUUUGAACAUCUUCCAAACGUGGAGCCCGAGUCGUCGAGUGCAGCUGCAGCAGCAACAUCUCCGGAGGAGGGAGGGAGGGACGGAAGAGAGCGAGAGGAGGGACCCCACACAGGCAACAUUCACGCACAUCUGCACCACUGACGGACGGACGGACGCUUGUUCCAGUUUCGGCGGCCGGAUCAUCACACGCAGGUACCAAAAAACUGCCACAAUGAGGACAACAAUGGUGGCCACGCUCGCCUUUCUACUUGCCACAGUUCUGACAGUGUCCGGCAAGGCAAUCAAUGAGGAAUCCAAGACACUGUUCCUGGGCGAGGAUUUCCACAUCCAACUGCACGCGCCCGGACUGGAGGUGACGUUUCGCGCGACCCCACGCUCUUCUGAAGUGGUCCUGAUGCGAGGCGGCCUCGUCGUGGGCAACAGGGCCAAGAUGAACCGCCAGCUCAGCCACCUGGUUGUCGACACACUGGCAGAGGGGGAUGAGGGCGUGUACACGGUGAAAAACCCUGACAACCCGGAAGACAUCCGGCGCAUCAGGCUCUAUGUUCGAGAUUGUUCUAACGAGCAGACGGUGAAAUAUGGAGAAAAUUACCAGAUUCCGCUUAAAGGGGUGACACCUCCCAUCACGCUGGAGCACAGGCCCAUUGCAGUGGAGGCCAACCUGACAUCCAGACCGGCCAUCGUGUUACGGACUAGCACGGGAGUGGACCGGGGUGGCUAUCAGGGUCGCAUCAGUGUUAGCGACGAACACGUGGUCCUAAAGUCGGUGACGGGGGCCGACGAUGGCAGCUACACAGUCAGGGACGCUCGUGGCGCCAUCCGAAUCAAAAUCUGUCUCCAAGUCAUAGAGCACCAAUACUUUGUCAACCUGCUUCACGGCGAGCGUCUGAAGAUCAACCUGAUGCUCAACAGCUCUUUGGUGCAACUUUACUAUAGCUCAGACAGGGACCACCAACUGCGCCUACUCAUGGAUCGAGGAGAAUUCACAGAUGCCCAAACCACGCUUGGCUUUGAGGACCGUCUCUCCAUGGAGGGUUCUGUGGUCUUUCUGGAUAAGGUCAAGCGCUCUGAUGAAGGCCUGUUCAAAGUCACCGACAUAAAGGGAUACCCAGUGUCCAGCAUCCACAUGGAACUCAAACCCUACAAGCUUGAGUCCAUCUAUGUGGCUAUCAUCGCCAUGCUGAGCCUGCUGGUCUUCCUUCUUCUGGCCUGUCUGCUGUCCUGUCUAAUCAAAGUCCAGAAGAGGGCCAAGAGGGCCGCCGCUUUAGAGAAACUCGCCCAGAACGCUGGCAAAGAGGACGAGGGGGAAGCGUUCAGACAGGUUGUAAAGAACAUCACAAAGCUAAGUGAGGAGUCCAAGCAUUCCCAGGCUGACAACACUGAGAAAUCUCAAAGCACUGAAGUGGACAUUAAGGGUUUGGAGGUUUCAUCAAAGGAGGUCGGCAUUGGCAAUUUGGACACGAGCGACUCCGGUGUUGGCUUUAACACUGCUCUCCCACUGGACACUGAUACUGACGCCCCCGAACCAGUCCCCGAUUCGGAGGCUGUGAGCAUUUCCAUCGCCCCGGAAACAAAGUCCAGCGCCCCUCCGCCGCCAACAGAGAAAGUUAAGUCCAGUCCAGUAGCCGAAAUCAAGCCGAGCGCUCCACCGGCCGUGGAAACAAAACCCGAAACCAAAGACGUCGAGACCACCCCCGUAAACCUCGGCGUUCCCAAGCCGGCUGACGCCAAGACCAGCCCUGCCACGAGCCCCGGACCCAAAAGUCCGGCGAGUCCAGCUGAUCCAAAACCUGUCGGCACCAGUCUGGAGGCCAAGUCAGCUUCCCCGAAAGCUCCGAGCCCAGCUCCCGAACCCCAAAAGAUGUUUUCGUCCGCCACUGGUAUGGCCUAUGAGCCUCCUUCCACCGAUGACAACAUUCCGUUUUUGACGGACCCUAUUCCUAAUGGCACCCCCGAGCCAAGCUCAGAUCAAGUUGAUCUCAUCGGAGGUUCCAAUCUGUAAACAGUACAGUGGAUCCCAAAUCAAACGGUGCUGGCAAAGAUGAAGAAUCCACCAACACCUAAGGACUCACCACAUGGGACCCCCCCACUACCACCAUGCACCAUCACUUAAGACAAUCAAACCCCCUCUCCUCAAAUUGGGAACUUGGUUGACCUAAUACCUGAACAUAGCGUAACCAUUAAUAUUUAUACCACUGCAUCACAUUUUAGAUGUGUAUAUUUUGCAGGCUCUUAUUUGGAAAUUCCUUCCAAAAACAACAACUGCCAGACUGCAGAUGCAGAGUUUACAAGUAGAAACUACCGGGUUGUGCAUUUCAUUUACAACCAAUUACUACCAAUUUGACUUCAGCGUCACUUUGGCCCACACACUGAAUGCCUAUGUACUUACUAGCAUGCAAAAUAUGCAAAACAAAAAAAAAAACAAAAAAUGCUUGCAAAAGUGAUGUCAACUAAAAAAAAAAAAAACUAUGUGGGCUAUGUUUAACUUGAAAAUACACAUUUACAAAAAUGCAGAAGUCAUACUAGUUUUCCAAAGCAGUGUUUCACUAUUUUAUUUACAGCAAAAAUAUAUACUGCAUAUGUCUUGGCACACAACCAAACAUAGAAAAAGACACAACUGGAGCUCAAAAUUAAAACAAAAAUUCCCAAUAACAUAAAUUUAAAUAUGCACCACACUGACAAGUGACCACCACUAUUUACCACUGCGUUAACGGCACUUGAAUUAACUAAAUAACUAACUAAUUGACUGUUUCUGUGCGUCUAUUGGUGCUCCUGUUUUGGUUAGCAACAGAGUUAAAUGCGCUCAACGGUUAACGUGUGUCGCCUAUAUGAAAUGAAUUACACUUGCCAUCUUUUUUCGAUUGUAAAGUUGAGCUAUUCGAGGGAGGUGUCCAUUAGUCUUAAUUGUGCGACAGAUUAGAGCAUAGCAUUGUACAGUAUAUUUAACAUACAGAGAAUAUAUAUAAGUCAUAUAUAUUUCAAGACAUGGUGUUCUGAUGCACUUUUUUUUAGUUUUAAUACAAUUUAUCCUCAAUUGAUAGAAACUGUUUGAAAGAGAAAUACAAAGUAUUAGUCUGGCAGGCAAGUCAGUCAGGAGAGUCUCAUUUGCACUUUUAUUCAUGAAGCCAUGCUUGUCCGUUCUGAUAAAACUGCUGCUAAUGCUCGAAUUGCUAACCUUUGUUUACACGCUUGCAGUUUUACUUUGCUGACAGCUAAACCCUGCUCCAUCUCCUGAAAAGAUGCCAAUCGGUUCCCUCAUUUUUUUGUGGUAAGUUAAUUCCACUUUGCUGGUUUCAUUCUUCCUCUUUCGACAUUUUUUUCCGCUCCUCCCUGCCUAUAUCUUUGAAAGUUUUUUAUCCUCCUGAUGUCAGCAUGGAAACAGUAUUUAUCCUUGAAGGUAUUAUUCAGUCAUCCUCUAUAUUGUAAUUCAGGGGUUCCCAACUAUUCCAAUUCACUGCCAGUGCAAUUAAAAUGUGGGGUUUAGUUCCUAAAGGCUAUCAAAUUUCGGGGAAGUGGAGAAAAUCGUGCCAGACUUCAUAUCAGCAAAUAUCGUAUCAUUGUCACCAAUUGAUAUACUGUAUAGCCACAUCCAGAGGUGGGUAGAGUAGCCAAAAAUCUUACUCAAGUAAGAGUACUGAAAUUUUCGCACUAUAAGCCAAAUUUGGCACGAAAGUGGCAUUUGUUCAUAGAUAAGCCGCACUGGACUAUAAGGCGCAGCUGUCCUCACUGUAUUAUGGGAUAUUUACACCAAAAGAUUUUAACACUAUUUGACAGCGGCAUCAUACGACUGUCAUAAGACCAAAUGAACCACCAUGAAGCUUUGAACCAAUUGGCUGCAAAGCUUCAUUGCUUCAAGAAGCUUCAUUUGGCCGUCACUGCUCCCUUGGUGGAUACAGUGAACCUCUGCUGCCACCUGAUGUCAACACUGUUGUUGUCCAACAUGCCUCCUAGCAUGCAUUACAGUGCUACAGAUUAAAUAGCAAUCAAAAUUCAUGUUCUGUGCUAAUUAUUUCUUCAGUUACUGUUGCAGUUGUUUCAUUAAUUGCUAGUUAUGGUAUAUUGUAACACUUUAUAUAACAGUGGUGCCAUAAGAUUAUCUCACUUUUGAAUGGAUGUAAAAGAUCCAAGCGUGACAUAAAUGGAGUUAGUGACAUAAUGUGCCAGAUGACACUUAAUGACAUCUGUCAUGAGCAUUCAGUAAUGCCCAUAACAGUGUCAUGUCAUAAUUAUGACGGUCUUAUGACAGUCUUAUAACGCCGCUGUCAAAUAAAGUGUUACCUAUAAACCCAAAUAAAUCAACAAAUAAGCCUCAGUAUUCAAAAUGAAGGAAAAAAGUAGCGGCUUUUCGUCCCAAAAUUACGGUAGCUUUACUUUAAAAUAGCAUUAAUCAAGUAAGAGUAAAAGUUGUCAUCCAAAAAAUGUACACAAGUAAAAAAGUAUCCAGUGAAAAAAAGUCAAGUAAUGAGUAACAUUGUGAGUAACUACUUAUUUUUUAUUUUUUAAACAAUUGUAUUUUAACUUAUCUAUAUGAACUGUUGUUAUAAUGAUACUGUACAAAACCCAUCACAUAUCCACGUUAAGCCAAAGAAAUUUAAAAAUAUAUAUAUAUCAUUGAAUUCCGGCAAGAAAGUAAAAAAAAAAAAACAGAAAUGAAGCAUUAUUUGUCCAAAAAGCAUGACUGCCCUGCCCUCUAGUAGAGAAAAUAGUUCCUAGUUUGAAAAGUGAAUACUGUAGUUCCUUCAAGGUUACUAUGAUGAAAUUAAAAGGAUCAUAUCGCCGGUUUUCCGUGGUCAGUUGGUGCCAAAUAAAAACUGGGAGAGAGGUUUAAAUCUACACUUUCCACUCAUGUUGAGGGCAGCGCUCUAUGUCAAAUACUUCAUUUUUGACCGUACUUUAAAGACGCCACGUUUUUGAACAGACUGGUGUGAUCAUAGAAGGCCAAACUUGCGUCUGAUUGGUGUAAUUGAGUCGUGAUUAUUGUUGCGAUGUCUCAUUGGUGAAAUUAGUAGCGCUACUCUUGGCAAUAGCAUCGCUAGCAAAAAAAUAAAUAAAUCUAAUAUUUAGAAUAAAGAGGGUAAAUGUAACGACUCUUGUGUAGCCCAAAGUAGCGGAAUAAGAGUAACGUUUUUUUCUUCACAGAUCUACUCAAGUAAAAGUAAAAAGUAUGGCUUAGUAAAACUACUCUUAGAAGUACAUUUUUCUCAAAAAAGUUGCUCAAGUAAAUAUAACGGAGUACAUGUAACGUGUUACUACCCACCUCUGGUUAAAUCCAAUCAAAUAGAUCGAAACACAGAACAUCAAUCAAUAUCGUCAUUACUUAGAUAUGCCAUUUUGUUGAAAAUAAUAUAAUAAAGGUGUUCAUUCAAAUUCAUUCAUUCAUUCAAAUGUGUGAAAUGUUUCAGGGAUUUUAAAAAAUGUCAAAAUGCUUUGUAUUUUAUAUUUGUCUUAGUGAAUUUGUAUGAAGUAUCGUUUUAAAUCGAUUUGAGGCGAAUAAAUAUGUACAUAAUUGACUGGUUGCGUAAUGACCUCACAGAGUUGCAUUGUGGGAUUUGCUGGGGAUCGGAGUGUUAGUAAUAAACGGUUAUAUUUCACCUAAAGCUAUCAAAAAUACAAGGCAAUAUUGAUGUAUUUAACAAUUUUGUCGUGGAAACAUUUCAGACAUUAUAGACCCAUUCUUGUCAAUAAGUGGCAUAUUAAAAAAAAUGACGAUGUUGAUUUAUGAUUUCAAUUUCAAUCAAUUUAAUUGGAUCUUUGCUUAACCGUUCUAUGUACAUGCCAAAUAAUUAGUAGUUUUUUCUUUUAGAUUCUAGUAUCUGCACUGUCCCUAUAAAAUUGUAAUGUGAAUACAACAAUUCUGAACUGAAAACAUUGUACAAAACUCUCAAAUUUAGUUGUGAGUGACCGGUGCUGGAACCCACUGGUUGGGGACCCCUGUUGUAAAUGACCUAUUUAAUGUCUCCUAUAUGGCUUUCAACAUUACCCAAAAAUGACCUUACUUUUCAAUUUGACUCGAGUCAAGUUGACAUGUGUAGUCACACAUGUCCCUACCUCACGGAAAACCGAAAUUCACUGAAUUAAUUGAGUCAUAUAUAGAUGAAUUGAAUCUUAGAUUAACUCUUUGGCUGGUACUGAGGGAAUGACUACUGUCAGAUCUCCCAGUUCAAAUGGAUUGGAUGUCUAUCAAUGGCAGUGAAACAGUCAAAUGAUCAACAAAAUAUAAAAUUAUUCUAAUUAGCAGGUCCUUAUUGAUGUAUAUCAGAAAUUUGCAAAAGCCAUAUACGUAAUAGGAUUAGAAUUAGAAACGUAAAACACUUAAAAUCCAAAAAUUAAAAAUGUGCCUGUGUGUGAUACGGCCAAAAAAGCAGCGCAUUUUGGUCGUGGCCUGACGGGUUCCACAUAAACACACAUUCACAUGCACACACACACCCAUAGCCUUGUAAAUAUUGCAUGUGUACACCACUUUAUUAACCCUCUAAUUGACUUUUUUGUGUACGGAAUGGUUAUUGUAUCAUACUAAAAUAAUAAAGAAGACGACUAAUUUCAAUUCCUCAGCAACCUUGAAAAAAAGACAUCAAUAUACUAUCCACGCUAUAUACUAUAUCAACUGAUAUUCACUAAUGCAUUGAGCUCAUUUAAAAGCCAAACACUGCUGAAAAGUAUAUACCGUCUCAGAUUUCUUACAUUGCUCUCUUGUGGUACAGUGUUGUGUUCAAAUGUAACUGAUGUCACUGAAUGCAGCACGGCCACAGAAAACAACGCAGGCUUUUGUCACCCUACACUUUCUAUGUGCGAGUGUGUGGAAAGUUUGCGUGUUCCAUCACCGAGCAGUAAUACGCGCCCGGGUGUUUUGUGUGAAGUGCAUUGACGUGUGUGCGACUUUCCAUCUGGAAGCGUGUCCGUGUGAUGUUGUGUUCGAAAAUGUGUGAAUGUGUCACAAAAUCUCCUGUAGUAAACAGUAAAAGUUGUGGUAACUUUGAUAUAUUUGUGUGUCCUUUUUUGUCAGACGUUGGGUUCAUUGUGUUUUUUGUGUGCUUGAAAUGUUGAAUCGUUACUGGAUUUGAACUGAAAAUGGAACUGAAACACAGUUGUUAAAAAAUUUUGACGAGGAUCAAUUAUUUCAAAAUUUUUAUUUACAUACAUGUAAAAUAGAAUGAAGUUACCAGUUUUACGUUGUUAUGGACAUGCCAUAUUUACAUGCAAUCCAUCAAAAUUUAACCCUCUUAUGCAGGAAAUAUGUUUUUUCUUUCAAAAAUGUUUUUGUUACAUGUAAAUAGGACAGGGGUCUUAAACUUGCGGCCCAGGGGCCAACUACAGCCAACAGGAUAUAUUUCGCGGUCCCCGUUUGACAUCCAGUUGUCGUAUUAGAUUUGCCCGCACAUAUUUCUGAUGGGAAAUUUAUAUAUGGCGAAAAACACUAGGGUGACUCGAAGUCCGCUCUGAGAUCCCCAAUUUGGCUCAAAAUUGUGCGAUAUGCAUGUGUGAUACAUCAUUGCAAAGCUUAAAAUCUUAAUUUUCUGGGGGAAGAAAAAAAUUAAACAGGAGGGCAUUAAAAACAUACAUACAGUGCCCUCCAUAAUUAUUGGCACCUCUGAAAAAGAUGUGUUUUUUAGCUUCUAAUAAUUUUUUAUACACGGUCCCAGGCUUCAACUGGAACCGUGUGCUUUGGUCAGAUGAGACCAAGAUUGAGCUUUUUGGCAACAAACACUCUAAGUGGGUCUGGCGUGCCACGAAAGAUGCGCAUGCUGAAAAGCACCUCAUACCCACUGUGAAGUAUGGGGGUGGGUCAGUGAUGCUGUGGGCUGUUUCGCUUCCAAAGGCCCUGGGAACCUUGUUAGGGUGCAUGGCAUCAUGAAUGCUUUGAAAUACCAGGACAUUUUAAAUCAAAAUCUGUUGCCCUCUGCCCGAAAGCUGAAGAUGGGUCGUCACUGGGUCUUUCAGCAAGACAAUGACCCUAAACAUAUGGCCAAAUCUACACAGAAAUGGUUCACCAGACACAAAAUCAAGCUCCUCCCAUGGCCAUCUCAGUCCCCAGACCUUGUUUUGUUGGCAAAAGGGGGUUGUACAAAGUAUUAACACCAGGGGUGCUAAUAAUAGUGACACACAUUAUUUGAUGUCAAAAAAAUUUUUCUUUAUGUGGGAUUUUUUCCCCAAUAAAUGAAUGCACUUGUAUUGAAAGUUGGAUUUUUCUCUUUUUUUUCCCAUUAAGGUCCCAUAUUAUUUGAAUUUUAAAAAAUCAUUAGAAGCUAAAAAACACAUCUUUUUCAGGGUGCCAAUAAUUAUGGAGGGCACUGUAUUUUUCAAACAGGAAAACCCUAACUGGAGGUGAGAGCAGAAUUAAAGACACCAUGACUUAAAUGAGAUAUUAUCGCACACUUACCUUGUUUCGAUGGUAAAUGGUGUUAUACUUAUAUAGCGCUUUUCCACCUUUCAAGGCGCUCAAAGUGCUUUACACUAUCUCGCCAUCCACCUACUGGUGACGCACCAGGAGCAACGUGGGGUUCAGUAUCUUGCUCAAGGACACCUAGGCGAGUUCAUCGGGGGGAGAAUUGAACCCACAACCUCUGUGUUGGGGGACAACUACUCUACCACUGAACUACGCCACCCCGAUCAAAAAAAACUCCUUGUAGCAUGUAUCACUGAGUGUGACGACACAGCUGUGAAUGGCCACAGCAGGAUUUUGGGGGGAUUUUAUGGGUGAAACAUGGUCAUAUAACAAGGGCCGCGAUGCAGAAAUCACAGACAUCAAAGAGGCGUCAAGAUUUUCUUUUUAAUAUAUUUACCUUUUUAAACUUUUUGUUUAAAUUUUUCUUUGUUUGGAUCGAUUAUUUAUCAUCUUACAUAUCGGGGAAAAUGCGACAGUAACAAAAAAAAUACAAUGAAGCGGUAGUUAUGAGGUAGAUAUAUGUGACUUUUUUACAGACGCCAUUUUUUUCAUUGUGACGUAAUUUGUUUAAAAGUUUAAAAUAUGCGAGUGAAUAAUUUAUUAAAGUUGUUUUUUUUAAACAAAAUAUUAGACAUUACUUAAUGAUUCUAAGCUAAAAAUGACAUUUUGAAAAAUAAAUAUAAUGAAUUACCUUUGUUUUAUGGCUGGGUUGAAACAGAAGCGGCUGCGCAACGUCUGUAAACGGGGGUUUCAAGGGUAAAAUGGACAAAUUAAAAAUAUGUCUGGGGCUUAAUGCGCCAUGAAUCUGCUAUGGCAGCAUAUAGACAUAUUGGUCUAUCAAACACAACAGUUGUUUUGGCUUAAAAUACAGCAGUUUCUUUUAAAGAGGAGUGCGAGAGCAGAUACUGCUUUUUCAGCCUGGUCUGUGUUUUCCGCCAUAUGUAAAUAAUUUUAAAUAAAAUGUAUGAACUAUUUGCAUGUAAUCUUAUUACUCCGAUUUCCUCCCACAUCCUAAAAAUCAUGCGCGGUAGGCUGAUUGAGCAGUCUAAAUUUUCCCUAGGUAUGAGUGUUUUCGUUAAUGUUUGUUCGCCUUCUUGUGCGCUGAGAUUGGCUGGCAACCUAUUCAGAGUGUGCCCCGCCUACUGCCCAUAGUUACCUGGAAUAGGCUCCAGCACCCCCGAGACCCUCGUUGAGGAUAAGCAGUUCGGAAGAUGAAUGAACUAAUUGAAGGAUCCAUUUUGGGAAAAAAACACCAAUUAUUCAACCACUUCAGACCUCAACAUGCUGCUGAAGGACAUGACUCAUUUGCGUCUCUAAACCAAUAUAUAGACUGAAUUUAGUUGCUAUUGCCACUUCUGGAAGAUGAUUGGAGGAAACUUUACCCAUCGAAAUCAAAUCCUGAGGUUUCCUUCUGUGCUAUUUUUGGCUCUUUGAAAAUGGCUGAGACAAUCGCAACUUCAAAAAGGAAAACUUAAGUUCUCAUUUCCUAUCAAAAACACAUUAACAUUAACAUUAAAAACAACCAAUAAAAGCACGAAAUAUCCCCGAAACAAAAAAUUGCACUUUGUUCUUGUGUUUGAGUAAAAAUCAGUGAUUUUUUUUCUUUUGCGCCGCAGAAAAAAUGCGGGUUAAAAAGGGGUUUAAAUAGUAAUAAAUAAAAAGUAUUUUUAACAUUUUUUGUAAUAAAUAUAAAAAGAGGAUAGGAAAAGAUAUCAAUUAAAAAAAAUGGUUUGUUCGUAUUUUAUUCUGGGAAUUGUAUCCAUUUAAUUAAUUUCUUUAUUUCUUUAUUUAUUUUUAAUAUUUCACAUAAUCUAUCUCUUUGACUGCUGUUGACAACAAUAGACGUCCAAUCCAUUUUAACUGGGAGGGGCUGGAAGAAACCCCUCCCAGUUAAAAUGAAUUGGAUGUCUAUUGCCAUCAAUGGAUGUUGAAAACAUCCAUUCCCCUCUACUAACUACCACAACACAUACUUUGUGACCUGGCAUGGCAGUGAAUGAUUUAAACUAAUAAUAACUUUUUAAUAGAUGUUCACUAGGUUAAAUAAUCCACAUGAAAAAUAGUAAAUUUACCUGAGACCAGUUGUUAUAAAACAGAAGAUAACCCUAACCCACCAAAUUGACGACUAGCCAGUCGCCGAUUGAAGCCUGACAGACAGAUUAUCGUCAAUUUAUUGUGUGAUAAGUCUUUUUCUAAAUGAGUAUCUGCGCUCCAAAUUAAAUGCCAAUUCUGCUCCUUCUGUCUUAUUUUAUUCUCGUGUUAGUUAAUUAAACUAGUUAGAACAGCACUCUAGGAAGAGAAGUGAACUUCUUCAAGGCUGACUUAAGGUCUUAGUUGUUGGAACAAAAGGCUGAGGGUGAAGUUUUGGAAGCUUUUGAAAGCUUCAGUGUCAAGUGUUUGGCAUCUCAACAAACAAAUGGCAUGUCGUCAAGGUUAUGGAAGCACAGAGCUCGGCAUUGGGAUUAGUGGCGUGUCUAUUAUACAACAGACGGGGUGAUGUUGAGUGACAUGGUGUUGGCAGUAUGGUGACCUUCAUGAGAAGGGAUCAAAAAUAACGACUGCAGGACGGUAGCCAAUUUAUUCUUGGUGUGCUAUGAAAGUAUAAAAACAUUUGGGGGGAAAAAAACAGGUUUUCUCAGGCAACAAAAGGCAUUGUUGUUGUUUUUUGGUUUGUUUUUUUAAGUUAUACAUUAUACAGUAUGUAUGAAGCUGCAUUGCUAAGGUAAGAUCAAAGUGUUUUGUUUUGCCCCCCCCCCCCCCCCCCUUUAAUCCCCAAAAUUUAGAAACCUGACAUUUGGUUAGAAAAAAAAAUUAAAAUGAGAAUUGUAGUUGUCGUUAUUAUGCUAUUUUUUAGGACGCAAUCCUUGAAAUGAAACAUUGUGACUUCCGUUUAUUCGUAAAUUCUUCAGGAAAAUGUCACCCCAAAUGUUUUUUUGAAAGUACUUUAGCUCUAAUGCGUUUUACAGGAAUGAACAAAGCCCUCGGUCAUAGCGAGGGGCUAAAGAUGCGAAUGGGAGCUGUGUUUCUGCCAUCAUCUGUAUCACAGGGGUUAAAGAAGGGAUGUACAGGGACUAAAAGUGUUCCUGUGGCAAAGGUGUAGACAGGUGACAUAUUCUCAGCAUUAUAGAAAGACACCUCUUCUCUUUCACAGUCCAAAAACACGCCAACACGACUCAGGCUUAGCGGCACAUUGACCUUGGCAGGUGUGGGAUCAGUGCAUGCCAAGAUGUCUCCGUUCUUAAGGGCCAAAGUCCAAAGACCACUUGAUGUGCCCGUGGCUGCCAUCUCCCCUCUGGGCAUGUCAGCCCGCGCCACACCCAGCCUCCACGCGGUCUUGUUGCCCACUUCCACCUCCCAGUAGUGUCGCCCCACACUGAAGCCCUCACGGCCCAGCACGCAGUAGUAGUAGUGGAAGCGUUUGGGGUUAUCUCGGCAGCAUUCUGGCGCCUCUUUAGUGUCGUCAAACCACACUGAGGUGCAGGACGAGGACAUGGACAGGAGAUGGUGGGCUGUGUCUUUGUCGAACACGACCUGUGUUAUAUCUGGAAGGAAACACAGACAACGUUUUAUGCUUUUCGCAUAACCAAUUGACACGUUUUUAAUAUUUAGCUUUGUGUUGGCAGCCAAAAUUUGAGUUGCAGUACAAGCAAGAUUCAGUUACGAGAGUUCUUCACUCAGAACAUUAAAAUCCUAUAUUGCGUCUCAUAGGCCAGGUUCAUACUACAGGUCUUAAUGCACAAUUCUGAUUUUUUUUUGGUCAUAUCUGUUUUUUGGCAUGCCCGUUCAGACUGACUUUGUCCAUUGAGCAUGUGAUGCGCUGAGCAAACUGACCCGCAUGCGCAGGAGCAUUAAACCAAAUGACUACACAUGACGCACACACACACAUACGGACAGUUUGCCCCGACUGCUGGCUGUGUAAGCAAUCUAGAAAUAUUGCUCAUUUGGACCAGAGAGAAAACCGAGCAUCCUCAGGCUUAUCCUCAAACCAUUUUAUAUUUUUUUUAUGACUGUUGUCAAGCCUUUCCCCAAAAGCCGCGUUCAAGUUAGGCGCCAAUGCUAAUGCACAGCUGCACCGCUACCGUAGCGCCCUGUCUCGCUAACUCUUUGCUGACGUAAUAGUUGCAUUAAUUCCGAUUUGGGUGACUUGACAGUUCAGACCACCACCACAUUCUGGCAAAAUGUGGCCCAGAUCGGAUUUAAACCACAUACGAAAGUGACCUAGAUCGUAUUUGAAAUGGUCCAUUUCUAUCUUCUAAGUUAAUGCCUCACUCGAGUUGGAAAAACACGAAAAAAUCGGUUCGUCAUUCGUGCAUUAAGACCUGCGGUAUGAACCUAGCCAUAGAGACAUUUUGGACAGUUCCUAUAACUAUAGGACACUCCAGUAGUUAAUCUGAAAUAUCCUUUGCCAGGCAUUCGUGUUCACACUGCGCCUAAUACGAACUGCUGUGCUCUGUGCCAGUGACGCGUUAUUUACUCGCCAUACCCACCUAUGGCAAAAUAAAACCACGAAAACUAAGCUGAACAGGAAACAACGUAAUGGAGACUAUUGAGGACACAGUAGCAAUUCUUGCAUAUUUGAAGGGAAUAGAUUCAUCGGCAAGCAAAUCCAGCUGGAAGUGCACACAUAUUUAGUAAAGAGUAUUUUUAAAAAAGAUGGCGGCUCCUUGAGACGUGCGAAUAUCUAAGGGGCGUAGCUGCUGAUUUCAGCAAAUCACCAAACAACUACAGUGGGGCACAUAAGUAUUUAGUCAACCACUAAUUGUGCAAGUUCUCUGACUUGAAAAUAUUAGAGAGGCAUGUAAUUGUCAACAUGGGUAAACCUCAACCAGGAGAGACAGAAUGUGGAAGAAAAAAAAACAGAAAAUCACAUUGUUUGAUUUUUAAAGAAUUUAUUUGCAAAUCAUGGUGGAAAAUAAGUAUUUGGUCAAUACAAUAAAGUUAAUCUCAAUACUUUGUUAUGUACCCUUUGUUGGCAAUAAGAGAGGCCAAACAUUUUGUCUAACUCUUCACAAGCUUUUCACACACUGUUGCUGGUAUUUUGGCCCAUUCCUCCAUGCAGAUCUCCUAUAGAGCAGUGAUGUUUUGAGGCUGUCAUGGACUUUCAACUCCCUCCACAGAUUUUCUAUGGGGUUGAGAUCUGGAGACUGGCUAUGCCACUCCAGGACCUUGAAAUGCUUCUUGUGAAGCCACUCCUUUGUUGCCCUGGCUGUGUGUUUGGGAUCAUUGUCAUGCUGAAAGACCCAGCCAUGUCUCAUCUUCAAUGCCCUUGCUGAUGGAAGGAGAUUUUCACUCAAAAUCUCUCGAUAAAUGGCCCCAUUUAUUCUUUCCUUUAAACAGAUCAGUCGUCCUGGUCCCUUUGCAGAAAAACAGCCCCAAAGCAUGAUGUUUCCACCCCCAUGCUUCACAGUGGGUAUGGUGUUCUUCGGAUGCAAUUCAGUAUUUUUUCUCCUCCAAACACGACAACCUGUGAUUCUAACAAAAAGUUCUAUUUUUGUUUCAUCUGACCAUAACACAUUCUCCCCAUCCUCUUCUGGAUCAUCCAAAUGUUCUCUAGCGAACCGCAGACGGGCCUGGACGUGUACUCUCUUCAGCAGGGGGACACGUCUGGCAAUGCAGGAUUUGAGUCUCUUGCGGUGCAUUGUGUUACUGAUAGUAGCCUUUGUUACUGUGGUCCCAGCUCUCUGUAGGUCAUUCACGAGGUCCCCCCGUGUGGUUCUGGGAUUUUUGCUCACCGUUCUUGUUAUCAUUUUGACGCCACGGGGUGAGGUCUUGCAUGGAGCCCCAGAUCGAGGGAGAUUAUCAGUGGUCUUGUAUGUCUUCCAUGUUCUAAUAAUUGCACCCACAGUUGAUUUCUUUACACCAAGUGUUUUACCUAUUGUAGAUUCAGUCUUCCCAGCCUGGUGCAGGUCUACAAUUUUGUCUCUGGUGUCCUUCGACAGCUCUUUGGUCUUGGCCAUAGUGGAGUUUGGAGUGUGACUGACUGAGGUUGUGGAGUACCGAUAAUUUGUUAAAACAGGUGCCAUUAAUACAGGUAACGAGUGGAGCCUUGUUAGACCUCGUUAGG